CUGUUGAUUGACAGCUCGGGCGGAGACGGUUAGAAGUUGUUUGAGGGUGAAAAUGGCGGGGAUGUCGGAGCAGGUGAUGAACUAUCUGACUGAGGUGGAGGAGCUGGCGGAGAGUUUGCUGGCUGAUAAACAGCAGAUUGUUGACCUUGAUUUGAAGAGAAAUCGGAACCGUGAAGCACUGAGAGCACUACAUAAGAGCACUGAGAAGUCUGGUAAUGUGAUGGUUUGUUUUGGAAACAUGUUUAUCAAAUUCCCCAAUUCUAGAACUAAAGAUAUGAUCCAGAAAGAUCAAGAACAAUUGGAUGAAGAGAUACAUAAGCUUUAUAAGCAGCUGAAAGUGAAAGUUAAUCGUUUGAAUGAAGCUCAAGGAAAACCUGAACUCAAAGGAUUCAACCUUUCCCCUUUAACCCAAGAAGAGAUGAGUGCCAUUGAAAAGACUCUGAAGAGCUGAAAGUUGCUUAUGACUUGUAAAUUGGUGAGAACUAGGCACAACACCAUGUACUGGAGGAACAGCUACUUUGGAAAACAUGGAAGGCACAUAUGCAACUUGGGCCAUUAAAGAUGUGGGAUUUUUGCCAACAUUGCUCAAGUUCCAAGAUUUAUCACAAGGAUUUUCAUUGGGAUUAUAAUAUCUGAAAUCAUUAAUCCUUGAAUUAUAAAAGAAGAGGGCCACUUUAUCCAUCAUGUCCAUUAGUGGCCAACUCCCUCUUCUUUCUUCCCCAGAUUUUACUUGGGGUUUGAACAGUUGCAAUAACUUGCCAUGGCUGAAUACUUGGCCAAUGAACUUUAAGAUUAAAAUUGCUGGAUUACCGAAUUAAAUGCUGAUCCUUUUCGUAACCAUCUUAUUGGUUUUUUCCAUGCACUUGGUUUGCAGAAAGUGGAGUUUUAUUUGUUGCUUUAUAUAAUAAUUUGUGAUAGUAUGAGCCAUGUGACAUUAAAUCUUGAUCACUUAUAGUUACAAUUAUGGCUGCCUGGGAAAAUAAGUUAGCCAAUGUUUCAGUUUUCCUAAAUAAAACCUGAAAGAACUGCGGAUGCAAAAUAGAGACAAAAAUAGAAAUUGUUGGAAAAACUCAGCAGGUGUGGCAGCAUCUGUGGAGAGAAAUCAGAGUUAACAUUUUGGGUCCAGUGACCCUUCCUCCGAACUUUGCUGUCCUGCUGAGCUUUUCAAGCAAUUUCUAUUUUUUUGUCUUUUUAGUUUUCCUGAUUUAGUUCUGGAGGAAGUAAAGUCCCUGAAAGACAAAAAAGAACUAGAAACACUCAGUUUCACUCCUUGAAUUAUGAUAUCUUAGCCAUUCUUGGCCAAUGGCAGUGAAGUUUUAAAUUUAUGCCCAAAAUAUGGGCAUCACUGACAAGUCUAGCACUUGUUGCCCAGAUGUACCUGGUGGGUGUUUAGGACUUGGAAUGGUAGUAGAGCUUUAUUACAACCUAAUAGCUUAAUUCACUCCGAGUCCCAGUAAGAAUCCAAACUCCAUAACAAUCCACUGUGUGGUGCUUCAAGGCAUUUGUACUUUUUAAAGGAUUGGGGGCAUCUGGUCGCCCUGGCUCAUCCAUCCUCCGAACCCAGCAUGUUACUUUUGAAGUGGUUCCAGCCCCAGAUCCAAUACCACUGAGCCAAAUGGGAUAAGUUCAGAAUAGAUCAAACAGCCCUAAGAUGGACAUUCAGGAGACACUGCGGGUCAUUGGAGCACCAGAAUUUAUUCAACAAUAAUCUUGCUUAAAAUAUCCCUCACUUUACCAUCAAGCCAGGAGACAAUUAAUUGUUCAAUGAGGAUUGUGGAAUUAGGACCAAGUGUAUCUAAAAAUGAGAUGCUAAUUUAAUGCAGCUACUACAGUACUGCAUGCUAAACAGUAGAAGUGGCAUAUUUAUAGACAAGGCAAAGAGGUCAUUGUUCUAAUUCCUAGGCCGUUAUUCCUAACAGAUCAGAUCAAAGUAUUGCAGUUCUUUCAUAUCCAGUUAUCAAUGGUGGGGAUCAACUAAACAACUAAUUAGCAAAGGAUGCUCCAUGAAUACCCCCAUCUUCAAUGAUGGUAGGGCUGACCAUUAAUUGAAAAUACCAGGAUAAAGCAUUUGCAGCUAUCUUCAGCCAGAAAUGACAUUGAUAAUCUAUUUAAGCCUCCUCCUGAGAUCACAAGCUACAUGGAUACCAGUCUUCAGCCAAUGAGAUUCUCUAUAUCAAAAAAAAACAACUAGGUGUGGUGGAUACAGCAAAGGGAAAAGUCCCUGAAAGCACUCUGUUAAACAUUUGGCAUAAUGCUUAGUGUAUGAGAGUAAAGAAAUAAGAUGGUGUUUUAAUUUUGUUUCACUGGAAACUGCAUAAGAUUUUCUUUCUCUAGAAAUAAAGCUCAUUAAAUUAUGA